CUUAAGUGGACCACGUUACGCGCCUCUUCUCCACACGAUCAUCUUAUCGGAUCCAUUCCUCGUCCUGCGCUUUCCAUAGCUCUCGUCCCGUCUACAACGCUAGAGCUUUCUGCUUUCCCAUUCUCAAACGAAAGCGGCAUCCUAGCGAAAUCCUUGCGAAUGCGAGGGUACUGAUACGCACCUCCCUUUAUCGGAAUCCUAAAAGGUUUUGUUGGCCACUUGAUUAUGGCUUAUGGUGUACACACCAACUGUUUUUCUUGGAAAGAUUACUCCACCGCAGUUGUCAAAUUGUCACCAGCAAGCAUUGGAAUCAUAAGCAAGAUAAGGAAGUUGCAUGGCCAACAUUUAAUUCUGGUGAAAUUCUGCUCUAGUAGAAAAAUGACAAAUAUCAGCUCACGGAAAAGCUGCAAGGUUUCAUUUCAUGGAUUGAACUGCAUACCUAUUUGUCAGAUGUCCAUCAGGAAGUCAUUUACACCAUGUAUGAAGUUCAAUUUUGGCACAAGCACUCCUGGGGAUGAUGGGGCACUAUAUCGUCGAGCAGCUGUUCAACUAAGCUUGUUUAAGUUGUUGGAGAAGGUAUCUAUUGUGGUCCUUACUGGACUCCUGUCAAUGUUAGCUAUUCAGCCAGCUGGUGCAGUUGACAGCCUAAAAACUUGCGUUUGUCUACUUAGAGAAUGCAGGGGGGAACUAGUCAGGUGCAUUAGUAACCCAGCAUGCGCAGCAAAUAUUGCAUGCCUCCAGACAUGUAAUGAUCGGCCUGAUGAGACUGAAUGUCAGAUAAAGUGUGGUGACUUGUUUGAGAAUAAUGUGGUUGAUGAGUUCAAUGAGUGUGCGGUAUCACGCAAGAAAUGUGUUCCUAUGAAGGGUGAUGUUGGUGAAUUUCCUGUACCCAGCCCAUCUGCCCUUGUGAGAAACUUCAAUAUGUCAGAUUUCAAUGGGAAGUGGUACAUAACAAGAGGCCUAAAUCCAACUUUUGACACAUUUGAUUGCCAGUUGCAUGAGUUCCAUGUUGAAUCUGGGAAACUCAUUGGCAAUAUAUCAUGGAGGGUGCGAACUCCAGAUGGUGGUUUUCUUGCUCGAUCUACUCUACAGAGAUUUGUGCAAGAUCCUUCACAGCCUGGAAUUCUCUACAAUCAUGACAAUGAAUACCUCCAUUAUCAAGAUGACUGGUACGUUUUGUCAUCUAAAGUAGAGAACAAGCCGGAUGACUACAUCUUCAUCUACUAUCGUGGUAGAAAUGACGCAUGGGAUGGCUAUGGAGGAGCAGUUGUGUACACGAGGAGUCCACAACUCCCUGCAACCAUAAUACCCGAACUUGAAAAUGCAGCAAAGAAAGUUGGAAGAGAUUUCACCAAGUUCAUCGCUACAGACAACACCUGUGGCCCAGAACCUCCUUUGGUGGAAAGACUGGAGAAAACUGUGGAGGAAGGUGAGAAAACCAUUAUUAGAGAAGUGGAGCUUAUUGAAGAUGAGGUUGUGAAGGUGGGCAAGACUGAGCUGACGCUGUUGGAGACACUGUUAGAGAGACUUGCUGAGGGAUUCGAGGAAUUCAAAAAAGAUGUGGAGCUCUUCCGCAGAGGCCUGGGCCAGGAAGAAAUGAAGCUUCUGAAUGAUCUCAAGAUGGAAGCAAGCCAGCUGGAGAAGGUUUUCGGAAAUUCGCUACCGUUGAGAAAGCUAAGAUAACUGGUUUUGUGGUCUUAACACGAAGGUAUUCAUAACUCCAUCUGCAAAAUCCUUGUUGAAUUCAAUUUUGUUAAAAUCUAUGUUGAAGCUUUGUAAAAGUAAAGCACCUCAAUUUCUGUAAGGGGCCACUAUAAUUCUUUCUUCAUGUUGAAAAAUACUGAUUAGGAGGAGCUGGAGCAAGAAUCAAACUUUUUUUCAAGGAAAAAAAUUAUGAAUGGCUUCAUCUACUGACAAUUGUCAUAUUUAUGUUUUUGGUUGGUAGAAGAGUGGAUUAAGGACAAAAAAAUAAAAUAUAAAAAUAAGUUGUUAGAUUUCAGUUUGCUGCCGCUUUUGCUGAGAUCUGGUAUUUAGCUUUAUUUUCUACAGAAGAAACUUUCUUAAACCCAGCCAAUCAGCGCAGUUGUUAUACAUCUUUUUAGUUAUAUAGCAUAGAAAUAUGUUAUUUUGGCCGACCAUUUUAUCUUUU